AUGGUGGUCCGCAACGGAGCGCAUGCCCCUCUGAUUGAGGGCGACGAGCAUGGAUUCUCUGAUCAUGCUGAGGAUGACAUUUUCAAAGAAAGCGAUAUCACUUCACCGAGUGCCUUUAUAUGGGCGCUUACCUUUGCUGCUGGUAUCAGCGGCCUCCUCUUUGGUUACGAUACUGGCGUCAUUUCCUCAACCCUUGUUUCGAUCGGCAAGGAUUUGGGGCAUCCCCUGACAACUCUCGACAAAGGUUUGAUCACCUCCUCUACGAGUCUGGGUGCUCUUAUUGCCAGUCCCGUCGCCGGACUACUGGCUGAUAUGAUUGGGCGGAAGCCAAUCAUCUUGAUUGCAGAUGUCCUCUUCAUCACUGGUGCUUUGAGUCAGGCUGCCAUUACCUCAGUAUUUGGCAUGGUAGUAGGGAGAAGUAUCGUCGGCUUUGCCGUUGGGGGAGCAAGCCUCGUGGUCCCGCUGUAUAUCUCCGAGCUCUCGCCCUCACCUUUCCGGGGAAAGCUGGUCACUCUAAGCAUUUUGUUCAUUACCGCAGGGCAGGUCGUGGCCUAUAUCAUAGGGUACGCUCUCUCUAUGCAGAGGAAUGGCUGGAGAUGGAUGGUAGGCUUAGGAGCUGUGCCCGCGGUGUUGCAGUUCGGACUGAUGCUUGUACUACCUGAAAGUCCAAGGUGGUUAGUUAAGGAUGGGAGGUCACCGCAAGCUCGCAACGUACUUCGGAAAGUCUAUGCCGCUGGGAAAGACCACGCCGUUGAGGAGGUACUGCAUGCCAUAAAGACAGAGAUAGUGGAGGAAGAAGCCACAAAUAACAAUAUGUCUACUUCUGCAAUGGGGAACCAACCUCAUACAUGGCUCACUCGGCCACGGAACAGAUUCGCCGAGCUGUUCUGCGUCGGUGGCAACAGAAGAGCGUUGACGAUUGCCUGCUUGCUCCAAGGACUGCAGCAGCUAUGUGGCUUCAACUCUUUGAUGUACUUUUCGGCAACCAUCUUCUCACUCUUAGACUUUGACUCCCCAACUUUGACGUCUUUGUCCAUUGCUGUCACCAACUUCGUCUGCACUUUGCUUGCUCUCAUAAUAAUUGACCACGUCGGUCGUCGACGCCUCUUGUUGCUCUCGAUACCCGUGAUGGUCGUGGGUCUUAUUGCAAGUUCAGUCUCAUACGAAUACCUUGGCCAUCCUAGCUGGGUUCACGGCUCUGCCAGCUCAACGCCUGGUGUCGCUCAAAGUCCUUGGGCUGUGGUCAUCCUCAUUGCAAUUACCAUAUAUGUCUGUGGGUACGCAAUUGGACUCGGAAACAUCGCCUGGCAGCAAAGCGAGCUCUUUCCAUUGUCCGUUCGGUCCUUGGGGUGUGGACUUGCAACUGCUACGAAUUGGGGUAGUAAUUUUGUUGUUGGCCUCACUUUUCUGCCAAUGAUGGAGUAUCUCACGCCGGUCUGGACAUUUGCAAUAUACUCUUUGAUUUGCAUCGUUGGGUGGGUGUGCUGUUGGGCAAUUUAUCCAGAGACCAGAGGAUUGGGCCUGGAAGAUGUGCGAGACCUGUUAAGGGAUUCGUAUGGCGUCGAAGAGAGCUUGAGGAGGGCUAAACUCAGAGAUUUAUAA